AUGCCGCACUCCGUGACCCUGCGCGGCCCCUCGCCCUGGGGCUUCCGCCUGGUGGGCGGCCGGGACUUCAGCGCGCCCCUCACCAUCUCGCGGGUCCACGCUGGCAGCAAAGCUGCCCUGGCUGCCCUGUGCCCUGGGGACCUGAUCCAGGCCAUCAAUGGGGAGAGCACGGAGCUCAUGACACACCUGGAGGCGCAGAACCGCAUCAAGGGCUGCCAUGACCACCUCACGCUCUCCGUGAGCAGGCCUGAAGGCAAAAGCUGGCCCAGUGCCCCAGAAGAUAGCAAGGCUCAGGCACACAGGAUCCACAUCGACCCUGAGACCCAGGAUGGCAGUCCGAUGGCCAGCAGGCGGCCCUCGGCCGCAGGGAGUGGCCCAGAAGACGGCAGGCCGGACCUGGGGUCUCCUUACGGGCAGUCGCCUCUCCUCUCCGUCCCGCACAACGGCAGCAGCAGUGAGGCCGCCAUGCUGGCCCAGAUGAGCGCCAUGCAUGUGUCUCCGCCCCACAGCGCCGACCCAGGCAGAGGCCUCCCGCGGAGCCGGGACUGCGGAGCCCACAGGGGCUCGGAGGUGUACCGGAUGCUGCAGGAGCCCGCCGAGCCCCUCGCGCCCGCCGAGCCCAAGCAGUCCGGGUCCUUCCGCUACCUGCAGGGCAUGCUGGAGGCUGGCGAGGGCGGGGAGCGGCAGGGAGCUGGCAGCCCCCGGAACCUGAAGCCCACGGCCGGCAAGCUGGGAGCCCCGCUGAGCGGCCUGCAGGGGCUGCCCGAGUGCACGCGCUGCGGCCACGGCAUCGUGGGCACCAUCGUGAAGGCGCGGGACAAGCUGUACCACCCCGAGUGCUUCAUGUGCAGCGACUGCGGCCUGAACCUCAAGCAGCGCGGCUACUUCUUCCUGGACGAGCGGCUGUACUGCGAGAUCCACGCCAAGGCGCGCGUCAAGCCUCCCGAGGGCUAUGACGUGGUGGCGGUGUACCCCAACGCCAAGGUGGAACUCGUCUGA